AAAUAGAGGUUGUGGUGGCAGCUGCAGAGUGGUAUUUGGUUGUGCAAGAAUUGAUAGUUGAAUUGUUACAGGGUGUGUUAAGUGCAGGUGUCCCAUCCUUUCAGGCUGUUGGCCUAAAGUAGGACUAAAUUGAUUAAAAUAGUAGAGUAUGGUAUUUAGUUAUUAUUAUUAUUAUUAUUAUGAUUUGUUCUUUGUGAGUUUAGUGUUAGAUGGUAGGGUAUUUAACAAACAAAAAAAUUCAAGCAACUAUAAGGGAGUCAUACUCCAGUCUAGUACGUGGCGGUAAUGCAACAUUUAUUGGAUGCCAACCGCUAUUAAACCGCAUUAAAGAAGAAGCUGUUACUUUAUGCAUUUCCUGGUUCUGGAGCGUUUUUAUGACGCCGAUGGUCCUGCGACGUAUUUUAUACACAGCUGCCUGUGCCUUCAGUUCUACGCUGUAAUUUUUUUUUUCUUUGGUGGAGAUUUUGUCUCUGCAAAUCAUCACCAACAUGAAACUCGUACGCUUUUUGAUGAAACUCAGCCACGAGACUGUGACCAUUGAGCUGAAGAAUGGCACCCAGGUCCAUGGAACAAUCACAGGUGUGGAUGUGAGUAUGAACACUCAUCUGAAGGCGGUAAAGAUGACUCUGAAGAACCGUGAGCCCACCCAGCUGGAGAGCCUCAGUAUCCGUGGGAACAACAUCAGAUACUUCAUCCUGCCGGACAGCCUGCCGCUGGACACUCUGCUGGUCGACAUAGAACCCAAGGUCAAGAGCAAGAAGAGAGAGGCUGUGGCUGGGCGUGGAAGGGGCAGAGGAAGAGGGCGUGGCAGGGGGAGAGGCCGAGGCAGGGGAGGGCCCAGGAGAUGAUCGCCAUGACUACGCGGCUGUCAGUCAUAUCCUAUUGUUUGUACAACAACGUUUUUGUUUUGUCAUUUUUCUGAGGAAACAUUUGUGAAUCCAGAGCCCAACUUGUUUCUUAUUUUGUAUAUUAAAGAUGUUCCACAUGAA